GAGGUAUUUGACGCAAAUCCUUCUGUUCUUGGCCUUGUUUUACUGCUUUUCCAAAAUUCGACUGCAUUUUUUUUAUAUUCAUACAGAAUACGUUCAUCUGUAGUAUAUAUAACUUUAGGAUUUGCGUCAAAUACCUCACCUUCUUCCUCUUCAUCUCUUAGUUCGACUUGCUCUGCUGUUGGAAUAUCGUUAUCGUUUUCAUAAUCCAAAAAUUCUUCUACUUCCAUUUCGUAUCUCUCAUCGCGCAUUUUUUUCAGCAUAGAUUCUAUUUUACGUGCCAUUUCUCGUUCUUCAGAUGUUAUGAACUUGUUGAUAGAUUAACAGCCAAAAAAGUUACGUAUACCAACAUUAUUACGUUAAAUGGAUUUAAUUAAACCAUUCUAAAACAUAUAAAAAUUAAAUAUUUCUCCUUAUUUGUCUACAAAAAAAUAAUACUUUAUAGUGAAUUUUAUGCUGUUUUAUAUAUUGUUUUUCUGCAAUCACUAACAAGCGCAUAACUUUAAAGCGUAAUAUGCACUGACUGGAUAUACCAACGCGCUGCGUUCGAAAUGCGACUAUGAAAGUUUUUGACAUUUAGUCAAAACCAAAUAGACCGCUUUAGUUUGUAGGGGUUCUUUCAACCCUAAGUGCGAGAAUGCAGAUAAAAAAAAUACAUAUCUCUUAUUUUGAGCUACUUUACAACAUAUUUAAAGCUCGUCAAAAUCAGAGGAAGGCACUUGGGUCAGUUUCCUUAGAAGUUCUUCUCGUCAUGACUUUAGAUAUGACGGACAUUAGUAAUACGCUUAAAAACAACGUAAAAAAUUGCAAGUGCGAAUUAAAAAAUACAACGAAAGUACAGACAAACAGGGAAGAAAAUUUGGAGGAAUAUGAAUACGUGAAGACGUUGAAAAAUAUUUUCGAUGAAAACUUAUUCCCACACGAUUUCGAUAUGUGGACAGUAAGCAAACAAUACAAUUGGAUAAAUGAGAAUAUUUCUAAAUUCUUUCCGAACGUGCCAGAGUCCUUGCUGGAAUACAUUCCGGCAUUCUUUCAUCAAGGAGAUUGUAAUCGAUCGUUAGUAGAUAUACCCGAAUGGUUGGAUAUGGAUAAGUAUCGCAAAGGGCAAAAGUUUGUGCAGGAUUAUUUCGCCGCAACUAUCAUAGCUACGUUAUUAUCACUCUUUUAUGCGUAUUCUUUUGAAAAUACUCUAAGGCCAAUUAUUCUGAAUGGUCAAUCUCAUACGCCAUAUUUGGGGUACAAAAGAUAUAUCUCAACUAUACGCCGAAUAAUAAAUUGGUAUAAAGGAAAACCUUGGGUUGAAGGGACGCCCGCUUACAAAGACAUGCAAAUUACACGUGAAAUGCAUAUGAUGGUAAGAAACAAACUCUCUCGUCUCAGUGAUGACGAAAUUAAUGCUGCGUGUACAUUCGCAAAUCCAUGGUGCCCAGAUCGUGAAUUGCUUUUGAACAACUUCACCGCAGCGUGUCCAUUCGAAAAAAUUAAACAACGCCCUUAUAAGUUGUUCGCUAAAUCGCCAUAUAAGCAAAAGUAUUUCAAUGACGUGGACAUGGCAGUGUUUCAAUGCUGCUUCGUAGGCUUAGUUUUACUUUAUCCGAAUAAAUUUGGAGUACACAAUGCAACUGACGAAGAUUUAGAAGCUUUCUGUCAUAUCUGGAGAUGUUACGGAUAUUUUCUAGGAAUGGAAGAUAAGUAUAACUUCUGCCGUGGCAAUCUCGUGGAAAUAAAACAGCGUACGCGUGAUUUCUAUCAAUAUUGGGCGCUACCUAAUUGUAAAGAUACGAAACCUGAAUACGAACACAUGACAAGAUGUGUCGUUGAAUUGUUUAAUUCCUUCUUUCCUUUCAUUCGUAUGCCUUAUAAAACUGCGAUGUUACUUUUUAUAGAUGCCUUUGACAUAAGCAUGUCGCAUCUAUAUGCGUCUUUUACUCGCUUAGAAUGGAUUACUUAUAAUUGCUGGAAAUUUAUAUUUCGCCAUGUUUUAAAAUUAUCUAGCGUGAGAUCACUUUUUAAUAGAGUGAUGUAUAAAGUACUUGAUCAAGCAAUAAAUUAUAGUCCGCAAAAACAUGCGCAACUUCACAAAAAAUCUAGAAAACAAGUACAAGAUUUUUCUAUCAAAAGCUAAUAGUGGAAAAAUUAUAUGCAAUAAUGAACUAACAAGCAAAAGAAUUAUAUAUAUUAAAAAAUAAUGUUCUUGUGAUAUUUUUAUACUGUUAAAAAGCACAAGAAAAUCAUGUCAAAAUAUUUUGCUUAUUGAAUUCUAAUAUCAAUACUAUUGAUUUUGUACCACAUCUUGUUUCAACUCAAAAAUUAAUAUACUUUAGAACUUUGCACCUACGAAUUUUACUAUAACAAAUAAUAAAAUAUGUUAAGAGA